ACUUCUGUGCCGUUUGAUGGUGACGAUGUCUGCCAAUCUGAGAGAGAAUAACUGUCUGUGAUUUUGUGAGCACCACUAAUAUCGAGCCUUGAAAAUCGAAUCUGCAUAUCUGUCUAUCCUUCAUCAUGUUUAGACGAAGGUGUCGCAACCGUCAGCACGUGCAUUAUUGCCGCCGUCACGGGCGUCUUCACCGUCGACAACAUUCCUCGCGGUCGGGGGUGCCUCAUCUACGACCUUUUGGACAAAGAACGGUCGUAGCUCCUUCCAGCAGGAUGAAUCCAUCCAUUGAGGCCACAGCGUGGGAGGAGAACUGUCCAGACUCGCUCUUGGACAUUUGCACUAGAUAUGUCCUCCAGCAUCCUCAAACAUAUUGUUGUCCCAAGAAGUUUAACAACAAUAUGAACGAGGUUGCAGUGGACGAAGCCGCCCGAGUAACACCUGAAAUCAAUGAAGCUCCCAUCAUCUUCACCCUGCUCCCAGAUCUACAUCUUCCCACCGAGAUAUGCGAAAAACUCUUUGCCACCCUGCACGAGGAAGGCCUCGAUAUUGAGGAUUGCACCGCCGGUAUCUUCGCAGACGUGACCUCGUGUCGUCUUCGGAGAGUCAAUGUCCGUUGUAGCUCGAUCACCGAUCACGGUCUUGAGUACCUUCUCCGUCACAAUCUGCGUGAUUUGGACAUUCACAAUUGCGAGGCCUUGACGCCUCGGACCUUGGAGUCUCUGAACAAAUACUCCAAGCACCUCGUGAACUUGAAUAUCGGCAACACAGUGCAAAUACUUCCAGACUACAUUUACCCCAAAAGUGACGAGCUCGACGAGGACGAUGUGGACUCGUUAGACGAAGAAGAUCGGGCUCGGACCGUGUUCCACGAACGUGGCUAUAUUCUGAACGCGCCUCACUUGCAGAAGCUUUGUAUUCGCGACCUGUUCGUGACAAGAGGCUCGAACUACCUGAGCUUGCUUCUCAAACCCCUGCCCAGGUUGACCCAUCUGGACUUGUCCAGCCUACAUCACACGGAGGGUCUCGGUGAUCUCGAGGUCCUCAAAGAGCUAACCCAGUUGACCUCAUUGGUCCUCCACAAUUUCACUCAGGGCAUUACAUCUGAGGCUGUGAAAACCAUUUGUCAAAUUAAAACCCUGCGGCAUCUCGACCUAAGUCAUCAGGAGGAGAAAAUGGGCAAGUUUCUCGAUCCAAACGAGACUCUGGCCUUCAUUGUGCUAAGUCUUCCUCAUCUCACGUCCUUGGACAUAUCGGGCACGAAUUUGGCGGGUGGCUCGGCUCAAACCUCUCCUACCACGCCCAACGCCGCCUCUAAAACCUUAUCUUCGGCCAAUUCCGGCGCCUCUGGGCUCUCGGAUGGGUUGGACGGAGAGGAUUUAAGCUUCAAAUGUGAUAUCCCGGGUUUAGCUAGCCGGGUUAACAAUCCCCUGGAGUUCUUGGGCUUAUAUAAAACCAGCCAUGAUGCCUGCUACCGAGUUCAAAUACCAGCCAAACAGAUAUCUGGAGAUGCCAACGAAAAACAGAUUUUGGUGGCGGGCAGACAAUAUUUGGACCGUCCCGUAGUUUUGGAAAACGUCCUGAACGACUUGUUUCACAUUUUUCGCUACGAGAAUUGUUUGAAUAUCAAGGCUGCUCUCGAUAUCAUUCUCCUGGCUAUGGAUCGUCACCCGGGAGAGAAAGUCAUUCAAAUUUCGGGAUCGGCCAGUUUGUACUAUGUGGUGAAAGUUGAGUUAAAAGAGAAUAUCAACGUCAAGAUGAAGAAGAAGAUCCUAGCCACGUUGCUCAAUGGCAUGUUCGCCCACAAGAACGAUGCCAUCAUGAUGCGAAAUGGUUGUCUUACGUUAUGUCAAUUCACCAUGCCUCAAGAUGUGAUAUUCGAUUACGAAAGACUGGUCCGGAUCCUUUUAUACAUUGUGUCCGAGCACAAGCAACCCGAUACGGCCUUCGUCCAACGAGCUGGCAUCUACCUCCUCAACACAUUGGCUUGUCAGGUGGAUGGGCAACAAAAGCUGCUCUUGGGUAAUCUUGGAACAAUGGAGAAGAUGCUCUGUCUCAUCCGCGAACGGGAAGUCAAUGGGAAUUGUGACGACGUCAUGGAGACAGCUUGGUCGUGCAUGUGGAACGUUACAGACGAGACCCCGAUCAAUUGCAAACGAUUCCUGGACGGAUGUGGCAUGCAGUUGUUCCUUCAGUGCAAGGCCCAAUUCCCUGAAAAGCACGACCUUCUUCGGAACAUGAUGGGACUUCUUGGGAAUGUAGCCGAAGUGCCCGAGCUCAGAUCUACUCUGAUGACUCCAGAGUUCGUCUCGGAAUUCACGCAUUUACUCCGAUCCAACAUGAACGGGAUCGAGGUGAGUUACAAUGCGGCGGGGGUUCUAGCGCACAUGGCCUCAGAUGGAGCUGAGGCUUGGACGAUCGAAUCGCCGAGUCGUGAAGAGGUCUUGCAAGAUAUGGAGAACGUCAUUGAAGGAUGGGACCUCACCACCAAACGGAACAUCAACUACCGCAGCUUCGAGCCCAUUUUGAGAUUGGUACGAGUCCAACACACACCUCAAUGUCAGCAUUGGGCUGUCUGGGCCUUGGCAAAUCUGACCAAAGUCGAUGGCAAGUAUUGUGGGCUAGUGGAACAAGAAGGCGGUCUCUCUCUGCUUGAAGAGCUGAUAAACAGCAACGUCCCUCAAUUAUCAUAUCCAAGAGUGUUGGAAUUAGCCGCCAUGGUGAGGGACAACGUGACUCAAUGGAAAGAACGGGAUGGAGUGGAGCCCGCGGAUGAAUCUCUUGAAUUUGACGGAUAGAAUUAUGAAAUCGAGUCAAACAACUGUUACGACAUACAGAGGAUUGCAAAGCUUUGCCAAUUCAUCUGCUUAAUAAAUGUGCCCAAAAUCAAUGCCUUUAGAGCACUUCCAAGGCAAAGGCAGGUCGAGCGCACGUUACUUUUGAGGAAGCCAAUCAAAACCCGGCCACUUUUGUGGAAACCCAGUAUCACUUUCUCCAACAGAAUCAUGUCUCUCAUUUCACCCGCUCUGUUCAUAAAAUAUAUACCAAGUCACUAAUUAA